AAUGGCGCCCAACGUGGGGCUGUGAAGUGAUAUUUAUAUGAAAUUAUUGUGCCUACAUGAACGAUUUGUGUUUUCCUGACUUUACCGACUAAACCGUCGUCAAAUAAUGCCGCCAAAGAAGAUGCCGAAUUCCGAGGAGCGCGACGCGAGAGCCGCGUCGCCGCCCCACGCGCCGUCGAGUGACGCGCCGCCCGCCAGUGUUUGCUUCCGCUCGGAAGACAUCACCAUGCUGAUCGACACCCUUCAACGAACGCAGCUAGACGCGUUCCGGGAGCUGUUAGAUAGCGUCAGGCAGUCGGCGACUCCUACAUUCGACCAUCGGCCCGCCAACAACUUCAGCCGCUGCAAAUCUGUAUUCAGCGGACGCGCAGACGAGUCAGUAGAAGGUUUUAUCGACGCAAUAGAAUCGUACAGAGACGCCGCCAAUGUUCCCGAUGACGUAGCCGUAAAAGGUAUUUCCAUGUUGCUAACACACACCGCCGCUACCUGGUGGCAGGGUAUCAAGCAUCAAGUUUCUACAUGGGAAGACGUCAUCUCAAAUCUACGAAGUGCUUUUGGUGAUCGCCGCCCACCCCACAGAAUUUAUGUCGACCUAUUCGCAGACGGCCAGCAGCCUAUGGAGAAAACCGACCUGUUCGUCGCCAGGGCUCGAGCACUCCUCGCGAAGCUACCUCGAGGCGACCUAUGUGAAAAAGUGGAGCUCGAUAUGAUAUACGGAUUACUGCAUCAUAAAAUUCGUAAACGCCUUCGUAGAGAGGAAAUCACCAGUUUCAAUGUUCUCCUGCAAAAAGCACGAAGUAUUGAGGAUUCUACGAAAGAAGCGCAUACUUCAAACGCCGUCGCCGAGACAUCAAAGGGUGCCGCCGCCGCCCGCGCUCGACUCGAGCCGCCGCGGCCUACAACGCAGCGUGUACCUACGGCCACUGUAGAAGUUUCCCCGCGCCAACGUUCGUCAGGCGAUAACGCCGACGCCACUCCGACCGCCGAAAAACCCGAGAAACGUCGAUACUGUGUUUAUUGUAAAAGUUACGGUCAUACGCGUGAUCAGUGUCGUAAAUUGUUAUUAAAACAAACCGCGAAUGACAGUAACGAUAACGUAGUUAGUAAAGUAAAUAAUAUUAAAUGUUACGGUUGCGGCGCGAGCGGAGUCAUACGUUCUAAUUGUUCCAAAUGUAGUUCAAAUUUUAGCGCGGUCGAUUUUAUUCAAAUACCGCGAACGCGAUCGCGAGGUACAACGACCGCUGAGACAUCAGCUGUUGGUAAGCCGUCCGCCCAGGUCUCAGCUCCAGUACAGCCUCGACGCCUGCGUGGACGGCCCCGUCUUGUUGUUUCUGCCGAGCCACUAACGAGGCGUUCUAGUGACUCGGAGGGGGAGGAUAUAACGGAACGAAAUUUCCGAACGUGCGCUACCGCCCCCGCCGCCGCCUUACCGCCCGCUGAGACAGAGCUCUCUGAGCGCGAAAACACACGCCCUCAGCGCGCGCGACGACGACCAGUAAGAUAUUGCGAGUCUUAGUGUAACUGUACGAUUCUCAACACAUUUUGUAUUUUAUGUUAAUCAUUGUGUCGCUUUUAUAUUAAAACCUCAUACCAAAUCAGCGUAAACAUUAUUUCUAUAUCAUCUUCGCCAACAGCCCGGAACAACGAACUCACGAAAACUCACAAAAGCCCGCCAGUCGGACUUGUAGUGUUAAAGUGGUCAUUUACUGAGAUUUUUUCAGUGGACUUUUUGGAGGAACCCGAGAAGUUACGUCCAGCAGCUUUGUUUCAUUUUCCCACAUUUGUGCACUUUCACAGAUAUUAAACGGUUAAUAAACCACCAUUAUUACACAUUUAAACCUGAAGAAACACUAAAUAGACAAAAUAAAACAAA